ACGAUUGGUUUAUGCAUUUGACGUACAUAACAUAACCAAAAAAAGUUACACAGCAAAAUAUUUAUUGCUAUUUUUGAAGUGAUAUAAAAUGUUAUUUAAUUAUGAUAAAUUUGAUGAAUCGAUGUAUUUGAAAUGGGAUAUCGUGCAAAUGAGAAAGAUAUAAUGAUAGCUCACCUAGAAAAUUCCGUGGCACCUCUUCUAUAUAUAGGAUUUAUUUUUAGGUUGGAGCUAGCCAUAGUUCGUAUCAAGAAUCUGUUUCAACGUUGAAUUUCUAGGAGAAAUAAAAAUGGCAAAUGACUUAAUCCUUCGGGGCAAAGACAAACUCCAAGAAAUUAGUAUGAAAUUAGAACAAAGUCAUCUGGCUUAUCUACAAACGGAUGAUAGUCCUUUAAAACUAGAUCAACGCCGUAAGCUAGAAGGAAUUAUCAAGGAGUAUCUCUACCUUGUUCCUAAUGAAAGUAAAUAUAUGUUUCAUGAAACAGCAGAUAUUUUACGUAGAUCUGCUGCUACAUUACAAGAUUUUAGCGGUUACAGAGCUGCCACUGCUUGGAGUGCUAUUUCUUUAUAUGCUGCAAAUCUUGUUGCACAACCUUGGAGAAAAGAAUAUAGGAUAUUAAGGAUUUACAGUGGAUUUUACAAAUACGAAGUACAAGCUAAUUUAAUAGGAGCAGAAUUGAUGUUCGAACAAAUGGGAUAUAAACAUGCAGGCAGGGAAGUGCUCGUUUUAGAAGGUCCAAUAGAUCCAGACAAAGUGACUAAUGUUAGUAGAGAUGCAAUAGUGGCUUUUGUAGAAUGUCAGAUUUUAAAACAGAUAUGGGAAAGUGUCACAAAGAAUUAUACAAUUUCUUGGCUAGAGGUUUUGGAAUUCCGUGAGAAUCAUGUUGGAAAUCCUGAACGAGCUAUCAGAGCUUUGAGUCAACGUUUUCUGGAAAAAUUACACCAAAGUCGUGUAAAAGUUGAUAUGUAUAGAAAUUAUCAUUAUCCACAACUUGCAACCAUGAAUACAAUACCACCACCUAUUAAUUAUCAUAUGCCAUCUAAUAAUUACAGUAUACCAUCAUGUCCUUCGGACUAUAGAUGUAUUAAUGAUGCAAAUGUGAUAUCUAAAAAUUACCAUUAUUUUAAUUUAAUGGAUCAUGGCAUACUAAAUCGUUAUGGUACAUAUGGAUGUAUGCCACCUGGAAAUAAAUGUGGUAAUAUUUAUAAUAAUCCCUAUUAUCCUACAGUACCAGCAUAUACAACAAGAGUACCUGCAGACAGACUAGUAGAGCUUAAUAUGCCACUUCCGGUCGAGAAUUACGAUAAAACAUGUAAAAAAUCAUUACAAAGAACUUUCGACAUGGACGAAGUGGAUUUUCAUAAAAGGCAGCCUAUUGAUUCAGAUUAUGAUUAUGCUAAAGUUGAUAAAAAAUAUAUAAAACCAUAUUCGAAUAUAGAAAAGAAUACGCAUGAAAGUUGGGACUUUGUUUAUAAAAAUUUAGAAAGUCAGGGAUAUUCAAAAGAUCUUGGUGAUAGAGAAGAUAUUUUAAACAAAACAGAGCCAGAUUUAGGAUUUCUCAAGCAGAAGCCAUUAAGAUCUUCUGAAAACGAGAAAGAGUAUUAUAUUUAUCGAUUGGAGAAAGAAAAAAAUGGAAGAGAUGUAAAAGAUACUAAUAAUCAUAUCACAAAUGGAAAAAAACACCAUCAUGAUACAUUAUCAAUUAAAAAGAAAUCCUCUUCUUUUGAUUUAUCAGAUUCAAAUAGAUAUCAUAAUAAUGCUACAAUAGAAAAUCAAUCAUAUUUACAUGGUACAAUGAAAAAACAUGAUAGUCGGAUUUUACCAAUGCAACGAUCGCAUCAUUCAUCUGAACAAAUUUCAAGGAUUACCAAUUCAAUUAAUAAUUUGGAAUUGUCAGAAUCCAAAAAAGAAGGUAAUAAUGAAGAUAAAAAUAAAUGGAAUUGUGCUACUUGCACCUACUUAAAUUCACCCAAGAGAGAAAUUUGUGAAAUGUGUAUGAAAUCUAAAUUUAAAGGAAAUGAAGAUAAACCACUAGCAAGUGGUGGUAAAGAAUGUCCAAAGUGUACAUUAGUAAAUGAGAAAAAUGUUUCUGUUUGUGAAGCAUGUGGUGAAAGUUUGAAAGAUUCUCCAACUUAUAUAUAAAAGUAUUCUCUCUUUAUAAAAAGGUAAUAUUUUAUUUCUGAAUAUGAUUUACUUACGAGGAAAAGUAUAUAAUUUAUCCUUGCAAAAAAAGAUAAAAUUAUUUGCAAAUUAAGACAAACAUGUGUUAAUAUUAUCUACAUAUAGACUCCAGUUAUAAUGUAAAAACCUUUAGAAAAUAUUGUUAUGUAAUAUACUACUUAAAUAUUUAAGUUUCAAAUAAGAAAAAUAUGAAGUUAUUUACUUUAAUUUUUAAUGUGCAAAUAGGCUUGUGAUAUCAAUAUAUUAGUAUUAUUAUACUGAUGUGGUGGCCUAUAAAAUAUCUUUAAUAUAAUUAAUACAAAUUUAAAAUAUAGAUGAACUAUGAUAUUAUACACACGAUUAUACAGAAGUUAAUUUCAUAUUAAACUUUUAAAGAGAUUUAUCAUAUUACUCUGCUUUAUUUACUUAAUAAAGAGUAGUAUAUAUAGGGAUUUAAAAAUAUAAAUAUUAAAUAGUAACUUUCUUAUGUGCUUACAAUGAUUAAUUUUUCAGGUUUUUAUUAGUGAAUAUAUAACUUUGUAGUAUUAUUAAUAAUUAUGGAAUGUAGGUACUUUUCACACAUGCCAUAUAUUAUCGUAUAACUUAUAAAACAAUUUAUUGCACAAUAAUUGGGGUAAAGCUCCUUGUUAUGUAAUGAUGAAGACUAUUGAAGAUGAGUUGCCUUGAUUGUACAAGAAUCUAAAAAUGUAACCACUGUUAUCUUAAAGAAUGCCAAAUAGAUGCAAUAUCUGUUUAUUUUAUUAAUAUGCCAUUACGAUUAAAGACAUGACUGGGAAACUUAUUAAAAAAUAGUUUAUAUACUGUUGGAAAUGAUCUAAAUUAAUUUUUUAUAUGAAAAAAAAA